GCUGGGGACGCGGGCUCGUGCUCCCUCCUCGACCCAGUGUCCCGCUCCUGUGUCCGCUUCCUUGCUAUGCAAUGUCAGGUCGGAAACCCGUGUGUGGCGGCGCUGCAGCCCCCGGCCCUGCCUCCGCAAGGCAGGCGGUCUUGAGCAGAUUCUUCCAUUCCACCGGAAGCCUGAAAUCUACCUUCUCCCCCACGGGUGUAGCCGAGAAGGCGCACCCAGCCUCAGACUCCACAGCGCCCCCCGCGUCCACUUUCCAGUCUCAGAUGGCGCCGCACGUGGUUACAGAAACUGAUAGAAGUAAAAAGAGACCUCUGGAGAGUGAUGGGCCUGUUAAAAAGAAAGCAAAGAAAGUCCAGGAAAAGGAAAGAGGAGUUGAUUUGGUGAUGUCUGGGGGAACUGAAACAAAGAAAUGUCUAAGGACCAGGAGUGUUUUAAAGUCUCUGGAAAAACUGAAAGAAUUCUGCUGCGAUUCUGCCCUUCCUCAAAAUAGAGUUCAGACCUUUCAAGAGAGAUUUCCAAUUCUACCGAAAUGUACUGAUUUUGAUGAUAUCAAUCUCUUACGUGCAAAGAAUGCAGUUUCUUCUGAAGAUGCCAAGUCUCAAGUCAGUCAAGAGAACAAGGCACUUUUGGAUCUUAGUCAUGUUGAAUCAUCACAUAGGAGUUAUGAAAAUUUACAGAAAACUUCCACUUCUGAUUCUAAACCAUCUAACAGACGAACCAAAUGCAUCUACACGCCAUUAGAGUUACAAUACAUAGAAAUGAAGCAGCAGCAAAAAGAUGCAAUUUUAUGUGUGGAGUGUGGAUAUAAGUAUAGAUUCUUUGGGGAAGAUGCAGAGAUUGCAGCACGGGAGCUCAAUAUUUAUUGCCAUUUAGAUCACAACUUUAUGACAGCAAGCAUACCUACACACAGAUUGUUUGUUCAUGUACGCCGCCUUGUGUCAAAAGGAUAUAAGGUGGGAGUUGUGAAGCAAACUGAAACAGCAGCAUUAAAGGCCAUUGGCGACAAUAAAAGUUCACUUUUCACCCGAAAGUUGACUGCCCUUUAUACAAAAUCUACACUCAUUGGAGAAGAUGUGAAUCCUCUUAUCAAGCUCGACGAUACUAUAAAUGUUGAUGAGAUAAUGACUGAUACUUCUACCAGCUAUCUGAUGUGUAUUUGUGAAAACAAGGAAAGCAUUAAGGACAAAAAAAAGGGGGACAUUUUCAUUGGAAUUAUGGGAGUGCAGCCUGCUACAGGUGAGGUUGUGUUCGAUAGUUUCCAGGACUCUGUUUCUCGUUCAGAGCUGGAAACUCGGAUAUUGUGCCUUCAGCCAGUGGAGUUGCUGCUUCCAUCACACUUGUCGGAGCAAACAGAGAUGCUUAUCCACAGAACCACAGCUAUUAGUGUGCGGGAUGACAGAAUUCGAGUGGAAAGGAUGGAUAACACGUAUUUUGAAUACAGUCAUGCUUUCCAAGUGGUUACAGAGUUUUAUGCAAAAGAUGUAGUUGACAUCAAAGCAUCUCAAAGUUUUUCUGGUAUCAUCAACUUGGAGAAACCUGUGAUUUGCUCUUUGGCUGCUUUAAUAAGGUACCUCAAAGAGUUUAACUUGGAAAAGAUGCUUUCCAAACCCAAGAAUUUUAAACAGCUGUCAAGUGAAAUGGAGUUUAUGACAGUUAAUGGAACAACAUUAAGGAAUCUGGAAAUCCUUCAGAAUCAGACUGAUAUGAAAACGAAAGGAAGUUUAUUUUGGGUUUUAGACCACACUAAAACUUCAUUUGGGAGACGGAAGUUGAAGAAGUGGGUGAUCCAGCCACUCCUUAAAUUAAGGGAAAUUAAUGCUCGACUUGAUGCUGUAUCUGAAGUUCUCCAGUCAGAAACCAGUGUGUUUGGCCAUAUAGAAAAUCAUCUACGUAAAUUGCCUGAUAUAGAAAGAGGACUCUGUAGCAUUUAUCACAAAAAGUGUUCUACCCAAGAGUUCUUCUUGAUUGUCAAAACUCUUUAUCAUGUGAAGUCAGAAUUUCAAGCAUUAGUACCUGCUGUUAGUUCCCAUGUCAAAUCAGACUUGCUUCGGACAUUGAUUUUAGAAAUUCCUGAAUUUCUCAGUCCAGUGGAGGAUUACUUAAAGAUACUUAAUGAACAGGCUGCCAAAAUUGGUGAUAAAACAGAAUUGUUCAAAGAUCUUUCUGAUUUCCCUUUAAUAAAAAAGAGGAAGGAUGAAAUUAAAGAAGUUACUGACAAAAUCCAAAUACAUUUGCAAGAAAUACGAAAAAUACUAAAAAAUCCUUCUAUACAGUAUGUGACAGUAUCAGGACAGGAGUUUAUGAUUGAAAUAAAGAAUUCUGCUGUCUCUUGUAUACCAACUGAUUGGGUUAAGGUUGGAAGCACAAAAGCCGUGAGCCGCUUUCACUCUCCUUUUAUUGUAGAAAAUUACAGACAUCUGAAUCAGCUCCGGGAGCAACUAGUCCUUGACUGCAAUGCUGAAUGGCUUAUAUUUCUAGAGAAUUUUGGUGAACAUUAUUAUUCCCUGUGUAAAGCGGUACAUCACCUAGCAACUCUUGACUGCAUUUUCUCCUUGGCCAAGGUCGCUAAGCAAGGAAAUUACAGCAGGCCAACUGUAAAGGAAGAAAGAAAAAUCAUAAUAAAAAAUGGUCGGCACCCUGUGAUUGAUAUGUUGCUGGGAGAACAGGAUCAGUAUGUUCCUAAUAGUACAAAUUUAUCAGGAGAUUCAGAAAGAGUCAUGAUAAUUACUGGCCCAAACAUGGGUGGAAAGAGCUCCUAUAUAAAACAGGUUGCAUUAAUUACUAUCAUGGCUCAGAUUGGCUCCUAUGUACCUGCAGAGGAAGCAACAAUUGGAAUUGUGGAUGGCAUUUUCACAAGGAUGGGUGCUGCAGAUAACAUAUAUAAAGGACAGAGUACAUUUAUGGAAGAACUGACUGACACAGCAGAAAUAAUAAGAAAAGCAACGUCACAGUCCUUAGUUAUCUUGGAUGAGCUGGGAAGAGGAACAAGUACCCAUGAUGGGAUCGCCAUUGCUUAUGCUACACUGGAGCAUUUUAUUCGAGAUGUGAAAUCCUUAACUCUGUUUGUCACCCAUUAUCCUCCAGUUUGUGAAUUAGAGAAAAGUUAUUCACAGCAGGUAGGGAAUUACCACAUGGGAUUCCUGGUCAAUGAGGAUGAAAGCAAAAAUAAUCCAGGUGGAGAAGAAGUCCCUGAUUUUGUCACUUUUCUCUAUCAAAUAACCAGAGGGAUUGCAGCAAGGAGUUACGGAUUAAAUGUGGCAAAAUUAGCAGAUGUUCCUGGAGAAGUUUUAAAGAAAGCCACUAGAAAGUCCAAAGAACUGGAAGCAUUAGUAAAUAUGAAAAGGAACAGACUAAAGUGUUUUAGAGAGUUAUGGAUGAUAAAUGAUGCAAAAGACCUACAGAAACAGACAGAAGAGUUUCAAAUGGAAGAAAUUACAGACUUCUCUUUCUGAUUAAAAUGAAGACAACAUUUCUGAACAGAAAAUGAAGAAUUAAAAUCACUAGCCAUACAAAAUAGCCUUCAAGUAACCACCCACCAUUAUGUGGCCUGAACAUAAAAACAUGACCAGGAUUAUUCCAGUUGGAACCAGGCUUUUCUGUAGAAAGUCUGUUUCAAGUUCCUGAUAUCCAGACUGAAAAGUAUAAACAUUUGAAUAUUAAGACUUCUGUUACAUAAUUACAAAAUUUCAUGGAUGGUAAGAGUCACAUAAAAUUAAAACCUUCUAAAGAAAGCCUAAAGUGGUAGAUAAUAAUUUACAAACUUUCAGAAUGAUAUAAAAAUUUAAUUCAUAUUUUUAUUUGUUGUUACUGGUGAAGUAUCUAACAGGGAUAUAUAUAACCUUUUCAUUUGAAUGAAAAUGAUUUUAUAAUGCUACCGGUUUAUUAACUAUGAUAAGAAUUUUUGGUAGGAAAUAGGAUUAUGGGACUUUUAGACACCAGGCCACAGAAGGAAUAUGAUCAUAUGAAAUUUGAAAAGUUAAAUAUUGUCAGUUUUAAGCCGUAUGUUGUUGGAUGAAAUUAUUUGUCAUUCAAGCAAUAAACACUUAACGAAUGCUUGUUACAAAUUAUGAUUUUUCUAUUUAAUUUACCUAAAUAUUACUAUCUAAUGGUAGUUUUAACUUCUUGAGAUAACUUAUUUUCAGCUAUCUGGCUAUUGUUAUUUUUUAGGUUGAUGAGGGAGCUAAAGUUGUUUGGAGCAGUUCAUUUUUUUUUU